AUGGUUACCAAGAUGAGAAGCAAGAAAACUUUGAAGGAGUUGCUGAAGCUGGAUUUGAAAACACUAGAAGCUAUGGCUCCGAAGCCAUUCCGCCUUACAAGAAUUGACGUCAUAGUGUCCCUGCAGGAUCCGGAGUACUGCAAAGUGAACCUGGCAGCAAUGAAGGCAAAUAAGAGUGUCUACUGCAAAGAGGACUAUGCGGUACUCGAGAGGUUAUCCAAAGCUUUGAAGCUGCACCACUCUCUUGGAAAGGCACGCAUGAAAGAGAAUAAAGGCAAGAGAACGCUGAAUAAGAAGGAUGCUACAUCAUCGCCUUCAACAGAAUCCACAUUGGCAUUUACAUCGCCUUCAACAGGAUCCACAUUGGCAUCUACAUCAACAACAAAGACUGAUAUUCCAGAGCUUCCGGAAAUGUUCAAGGCGAUUAUCGCUUCACUGAAAGGAUUUGAUGUAACUUUUGUGAUGCAAAGGAAGUUAACAAAGACAGAUUUGGAGCCUAAUAACAGCCGGUUAGCGAUGCCAGAGAAGCAGAUAAACGAGGAGUGCAAGUUCUUGGCACACAAAGACGCAGCGAUUAUGAGGGUUCUUGAGGCUCGGGAUGAGAAGGGGCGGCUGAUUGGGAUGAAAGUAGGGCUGAUAGAACCGUCAGGUGAAGUGUGCCAUGAUCAGGUUCUGAAGAAGUGGAAUAUGACCUCUGCAUCGACAUAUAAUCUAGCGAGUUCUUCUUGGUGCGACAUUGCUAGGAGGAAUCAUCUCAAGAAAGAUCAUCUUCUCAACAUUUGGUGCUUCAAUGAUGUCGCCAAUAAGUUUUAUUUUCUUCUCCAUCAUGUAGGCUCUGAACCCUUGCAAUGA